AUAAGAAAAAAAUGUUUUUACGAUUUAAUUCCGUCUACUGUACUUUAAUGAAAGAGAAAUUAUACUACAGUUUGUGUGCAAGUGUUUUUAUGUGUGAAUGGUAGUAGUGUUGUAAAAAAUAGAUUAUUCUCCUUAUUUAUUAUUAAAUCGGUCAAAGUCAAUUAGGUCUUAUCUUCCACAUAUUUUACUUUUACGUAAAUUUCUAUUAAAAAAUAAGUUAAAUAAAAAUCAUUAUGCAGAGUUUAAAAGUAUUGGGAGUCUGUAAGGCGGCCCUUAAAUUUCAACGUGGAAUCGCUUCUAUUAGUUCUCUACCAGAAACACAUCAAAUUCUUCAAAAAACAUGCAGGAGUUUCGCGGAGGAAGAAUUGAAGCCAAUCGCGGCGAAAAUCGACAAAGAGCACAAAUUUCCAGCGGAGCAAAUAAAUCAAAUGAUAGAUCUCGGCUUUAUAGGAGUGAGUCAACCUGAAUCACUCGGUGGAAGUGGAUUGGAUUAUUUGGCUUAUGCAAUUGUUAUGGAGGAAAUAGCGAGAGGCUGUGCGAGUACAGCAGUUAUAAUGAGUGUAAUGAAUACACUUUUUAUGGGACCAAUAGAAAAAUUUGGUACCAAAGAGCAAAAGGAAAAGUAUAUUGCCGGAUUUUUGAAAGAGAAAAAACUCGGUUGCUUUGCAUUGAGUGAACCGGGUAAUGGUUCGGAUGCUGGUGCAGCGUCAACUGUGGCGAAAUUAGAGGGAAAAAAUUAUAUUAUCAAUGGAACAAAGGCAUGGAUUACGAAUGGUUAUGAGGCGAAUGGUGUUGUUCUAUUUGCAACGACUGAUAAAACAAUGAAACACAAAGGUAUCAGUGCAUUUAUUGCCGAUAAGCCGACGAAGGGUUUGUCUCUAGGUAAAAAAGAAGAUAAACUGGGAAUUCGUGGAAGUAGUACGUGUUCGUUGAUUUUUGAAGAUUGUCCCGUUCCGGUUGAGAAUAUGCUCGGUGAACCUGGUAUGGGAUUCAAAAUUGCGAUGAUGACUUUAGACGCGGGAAGAAUUGGAAUUGCCGGCCAGGCAUUGGGAGUAGCUCAAGCUUCUUUGGACUGUGCAAUGGAAUAUGCAUCAAAGCGAAUGGCCUUUGGAAAACCAAUUAUGAAACUUCAAGUGAUUCAACAGAAAUUGGCGGACAUGGCUUUGAAACUUGAGAGUGCGAGACUUCUUACAUGGAGAGCGGCCUAUCUGAAAGACAAUAAUCAAUCAUUCACCAAGGAAGCGGCAAUGGCUAAACUCGCAGCCUCCGAGGCAGCAACAUUCUGCUCACAUCAAUGCAUUCAAGUUCUUGGAGGAAUGGGCUACGUGAGUGAUAUGCCCGCUGAACGUCACUAUCGAGAUGCGAGAAUAACAGAAAUCUAUGAAGGAACUUCUGAAAUACAGAGACUUGUUAUCGCUGCAAACCUAAUGAAAGAAUACAAUUUAAGUUAAUUUUUUUAAAUAUAAAUCAAAGAUAAAGAUAAUUUUAAUUCGUAAGAUCGGAAUAUUUUAAAAAUCUACUGAAAAGAAUAUUUUUCUACAUUUAAAUCGGACUAUUUUUUAUAUAUAUAAAGAGACAAAGAAAUAAAUUUUAUAUGUUAUUAUCUUAGAGUUUUAUUAGCUUCAUCACCUCGAAAAUCUUAAUAUAUAUGUAUAUCUAUUAUCAUAUAUAUACAUAUACAAUUUUUUUUUACACAUAUAUAUAUUUACAUAUAUAUAUAUACGUGAAUAUUGUGGGAAAUUCACUAUUCAGCCCUUUGGCAGCGCUACAGGAUAGCGACAUCAUUUUUUAGCCAUCCUGUUCAAUAUGAGGAACAACUAAUCGUAAUUUCUAUUUUUUUUCCAUAAUUUUAAAACAUAGUUUCAUAGUUUGUUAUACAAUGAAAUUCAUUUGGCUAGUUUUUUUUUUAAAUCUAAAAAUUGUAGUUUAGGAAACUUUAAGAAUUUUGAACUAUAUAAAGCAGAUUUAUUUUUUUUGAAAUUUAUGUAAAGAACGCGCACGUCUUCACUUUGUGCAAUUGAAGAAGUUAAUUAGACAAAAAUGAAUUUGAAAAAUUGGAUUUCAUUGUAUGACUCAAUUAUAUACAGUAGUGCAUUAUUUUUAAGUCAUUCACUCAUUAAAAAAAAAAAAAUUGAAAUCGCAUUCUUUUUACUUUACAACGAGUAAUCAAAAUCGUAAAUCAGAAUUUCAAGAUUUUUUUAACUUUUUAUUUAUUAGAAUAAGUAGAUUGAAAAUCUAUGACAAGAUUCUUUUGUUAUUGAAAACACACUAUUUAAGGUAACUUCAACUUCUAUCUUUAUUUGACAAGUUUCAAAUGCAAAAGAAAUUGUUUUUUUGGGCGAAAUAAAUUAAAAUGUAAAAAUAAGGCUGCGCUAAAAAAAACUGUUAUAAGUUUUUCCUAGUAAACAUAUAAUCACAAGGACCACAAGGAUCGCAAGGGCACUGUAUUUCUCUUAAAAUUGAUAUUAAUUAAACCCUCUAAAUGUCUGUAAACACAAUUGCACAAACGGUGUUUUUUUUAUACUUCAAGCAGAUAAAUAAUUUUUUUUUCCAUUUUCUCCUAUGAGAUAAAAAUAAGUGCAUCAUUGACUGCUUG